ACAAAAUUGUCGAACCUCGAAAAUCAGUUUUUUUUUUUACUUCAUUCGCCGGUUAUUACUUUUCGCAAAGAUUCGUGUACAUUUUAUAAUUAUUAAUUAAUAAAUACAAUAAUCAUGGCUGGGAGUCGUUUGGAAAAACUGGGAACUAUAUUUACGAGGGUUAACGGACUCAUAAAGUCUGGUGCAAUGAAAGUUGAUGAUCGACCCAUUUGGUACGAUGUUUACCGGGCGUUUCCGCCUGAAUCGGAGCCACAUUAUGCAAAGCCGUCUCAAUCGCUUAAAGUUCCAGAUAUAUUUUACCCGGAGGAUACAUUCAGAGCUAUGUUCCACAAAGAGACUCGUGGUCAAUUACCAGCAAUCAAUUUACGAGAGACUCAACAAAAUCAAAAUGUCACAAACAUAGCUGUGAACAUGGUAGUUGCUGAUCCAUCCCUCACUGUUAAUCAAGUGAUUGAUACUCUGAAAAAAAAUAAUGUUCUGCAAGUUAACAAAACUUCAUCCAAAAGAGUCGAUACCACAACGAUAAAUGAUAAUACAAAUAAAUCUGUUGUCAAUGAAACCAAUGAUCAUUUAAAAAAAACAACUGUUCACAGUAAUUAGUAUUUCUUAUUGAAUUUGUUAAUAGUUAUUAAAAUUUUGAAUACAUUUAUUAAUUCAUA